GAGACAUCUCUCCGCUGUGCGACCUCUCAUUUCUUACUGAGCGGACAACUGAACGCCAGACCGCUGUGGUCUCCAUUCAAACGUCUUCUUUUUCCGUCCGUUGAGCCCUUUCUCUAGUGUUGAGUGGCCUAAGGGCCCUCACUGACCCACUCUCUGGGUGUAGAAAGCCGUAAGACGAGGGGAACAUAGGGUGCUAGUAUGUGUCCCUUGGGCUUGGGGGUGCCAGUCGGGGCCAGUCGGUGCCAGUGAAAGGGUGAGAAUUGACAGUCCGUCCGCUCAACAGGCCGAAGAUUAGGGGCACUAUGCCCCUUUCAGCCCCAACACGGGGCAAUGAAAUAAUAAUGGCGAGGACCCCAGGCGCCGUAUGCCUGCGCCCGCAGCCGCAGCCCCAAGAACUGACUCCGAUAAGAAUAACAACAAUCUACCAGGCACUGGCACCUACUGGCCACAGCCUGAGGUCUACAGCAUUAUCAUCACCAUCAUCAUUAUUCCCACCUCUGUUCGCGUACCAUUGCAGUCCAGCUGAACACUGAUCGUCCGACGUAGAUCCUUGUCUUGUUCCAGGAUCGUCCAGCGCCCAGUUUCAGCGCCUCGGUCGCCCAAUCUCCGCUCGUCGAGUACCUUAACCGCUCCUCCUGUCUGAUACCAACCGGUCAAGAACCUUGUUUCUUACGGACCUUUUGAGAUCUUUCUUUGGAAGAUAACCUUCCGAUAUAUCAAUCAGCAUCCAUAGUAUAGCAUACUAUUCACAACUUCCCAGCACCCCCCUUCCAGUCUAACCCUCAAGGCAACGAAGCCGACCUCCUCCCUUGGUCAGGGUAGACAAGAACCCUCACUACCUUGCGAUGUCCGCCCAAGCAGUGACCGGGGAACCGACCCCCGUGACUCCCCAUAUCGAGAAGAAACCCGUCAAGUUCAGUAAUCUGCUACUGGGCGCCGGCCUGAACUUGUUCGAGGUCACCACGCUGGGACAACCGCUGGAGGUGAUCAAGACCACCAUGGCCGCGAACCGGACGGAUAGCUUCGCAGGAGCCAUGGCAAGAAUAUGGAGUCGUGGGGGUAUUCUUGGAUACUACCAGGGCUUGAUCCCAUGGGCAUGGAUCGAAGCCUCGACCAAGGGCGCGGUGUUGCUCUUCGUUGCCUCUGAAGCCGAAUACCGCGCGCGAACCUUCGGCGCCAACAACUUCGUGGCAGGAAUCGCUGGAGGCAUGGUCGGUGGUGUCGCGCAAGCCUACGCGACCAUGGGCUUUUGUACCUGCAUGAAGACCGUGGAGAUUACACAACACAAGCUGGCGGCGCAGGGCGUGAAACCGCCAUCGACAUUCAAGACAUUUGCCGACAUCUAUCGCAAAGAAGGCAUCCGAGGCAUCAACAAGGGCGUCAAUGCCGUAGCCAUCCGUCAGACCACCAACUGGGGUUCUCGCUUUGGACUGUCGCGCCUGGCCGAGUCCGGAAUCCGCAAAGUCACCGGCAAGGAACAUGGCGAAACGCUUACUGCCUGGGAAAAGAUCCUCGCUAGUGGUCUUGGUGGUGGUCUGUCCGCCUGGAAUCAGCCUAUCGAGGUCAUCCGGGUUGAAAUGCAGAGCAAGACCGUGGACCCCAAUCGUCCAAAGAACUUGACCGUCGGCAAGACGUUCAAGUAUAUCUACGAGACCAACGGCAUCAAAGGUCUCUACCGUGGCGUUACUCCUCGCAUUGGCCUUGGUAUCUGGCAAACCAUUUGCAUGGUUGCAUUGGGCGAUAUGGCCAAAGAAGCGGUCGAAAAGCUUACCGGUGAAAAGGUCACUGCGAAGCACUAAAAGCAUGGCGUUUGUUGGUUUCAGUGAGAAAGGGUCGGCCAGGCAUGGCCCCGGGAGACAGUUCAUGCUAUAAGAACAUCUACCACCUCCUACUGUACCUACCUAGGCAGGGAGUAGUAGGUAGUCAGAUUGUGGCAGGCUGCUGGUAAUUCGAACAGUUGGACAGAGCAGGGCUGGUGGGCAUGCAAAAGGCGGCACUCCAGUCUCCGGCUUUCUUCCUUGCAUGAGCGAGACAUCCCCAGCCAAGAGUUUUUGUUGUUGGGAGGUGACAGUCCCACGGCUAUAAGCAUUUCGGACCCUGAACUCUAAACACUUCUGAUUUGGGGGAUUCAGAGUCACGCUUUCGAUUAUUGAUAGAUAUUGAUAUUGGCUAUGACCACGUGCGCCAGAGAGAAAAUGGACGACAUAAGAAGGUGUCAUUCGACUUGGGCAUCAGCAUCUUUACAGUCUCUUCUUGUGCUUCAUGGUAGUAAUCACUCUUCGGAGGAGUCGACACAGAGCACCGGUAGGGAAUUCAAGGUCUAUUUGAAAUUUUGGCCAGGGCCUGCUUGGAUGAUUUUUUUUAACAUAACAAUUUUUCUCCUUUUAUUUUCCUGUUUAUGGCAAAACAAUAUAUUUCUCCAGAUGCUUGGGAAUCGCGCCUCUGAGAUUCUUACUCCUCAACCACUUAUCGCUGAACAGACGGUCGGCAUACCGGUAG